UUCUGUUCACCUGUCUGUCGGCUUUGAACUCGGCACCUGUUGCGGUCACAGUGGCGAGCGCGUACACUGUCAGAGAAAAAGUGUGUGUCCGAUUCCAAAUGAGUGAGACUGCCUGAAAAAAAGAUGGCCUGUGCGAGACGGUGCUCACAGUUCUGCCUGUUUAUGAGCACCUGGGCCGUCCUUAUGCUGAUCAUCCUGGGCGCCUGCUUCUCGAUCCACUCCUUGGUCCUGGUGGGCGACCUGCCGCUUUCCGGACAAUUCGGCAGUCCGGACGAGUUCAAGGAGAGUGCCGACGAGGCGUACUCCAAGGUGGCAAUGCGCUGCUACAUCACCGGAAUCGUUUACCUGGUCUUUCUGGUCAUCUCGGCGAUUGUCAUCCAUCGGGACAACAAGCGGAGGAAGCGGCUGUACAAGAAGCGAAAGCAGCAGCGCUAAAGUCGAUUUGUUGAAUAAAUUUAUUAUAUUUCACAUUA